AUGGCAACAGGAGCACCAGGAGGUAAUUUCAGAACUUGGACACCAACUCCACCCGAGCGUGGGUCGUUCCCAUUAGACCACGAUGGUGAAUGCAAAGAGCAAAUGAUGAAGUACCUUAAAUGUAUGAAAUACACAGAGAAUAAGAAUGCUCCAAACUGUCGGAUAUUAGCCAAAGACUAUUUGAAGUGCCGGAUGGAUAAUCAGUUGAUGGAAAAGAGUGAUUGGGAUUCGCUAGGGUUGGUUAAUCUACCAGGGGAUAAAGAUAGUCAUGGCAAUACUAAAGUUGUCAAGAAAGAAGAACAAAGUAGUCUGAAGUGA